CUCGAGAUGGCAAAGCAAGCCAGAGCAUCGUCUUCUCUGCAGAGGAUAAUCGUCAUUCGUCACGGAGAGCGGCUGGACAAUGUCGACUACAUGUGGACAAGGACUGCUGCUCGACCCUACGACCCGCCACUCACUGAGAUAGGGGUGCAACAGGCGAGGGACGCUGGGAAACGAUUUUUAGGAAAGGAUAUACACUGCAUUGUGUCGUCCCCAUUCCUGCGUUGUCUUCAGACGGCACAGCAGAUUAGCGACGUCUUGUCCCUGCCGAGUCUCCACACGUGCAACAGUAUAGUUGACGUUCUCAGCAAUCAUUGCGGCAUCCACGAGCAACCUGCGGUGCCCGCCUCGAACGUGGCCGAGCUAGGGAUCAAUAUCUCCAGUAGGGACACCUCAGAACUACCCAGAUACCCAGAGAAGACAAGAGAUGGUGUCAAAAGGUUUAGUCCAGCCUACACUCGACUGGCAAAUGCUUUCUGGCCACAAAACCUGGUCGUUGUCACACACGGAUAUGGAGUCCAGGAGGCUGUUGUAAAGGGUGGAGGAUCGAGAAACGCUUUUGUGGACUAUUGCGGCUUUGUGGAGAUGACAAGAACAGCCAGGGACAGCGACAAGUGGACGACUGUCGAUCGUGGUAAUGUUGAUGAGUACUUCUGA